GAGAGCGCAGCAGAGAGAGAGAGAGAGAGAGAGAGAGAGAGAGAGAGAGAGAGAGAGAGAGAGAUUUACUCCACUAUUACACAGUAGGAGAGAAGGAGAAACAGACACAGGAAAGAAAUAACGGGGGCUGCUAUUGAGAAGUAAUAAAGAGCGGAUGGAAUAAAAAGAAAGAUUUGGAUUUAUUCUGCCAUUAAAGAAAUAAAAGAAUAAAGAAUUUUGAGUGAAGAAAAUCAGAACCCUGCGUGCCGGAUGUUUCCUCUAUGUGGAGUUUACACGGACACCGACCAGUUUGUGUUGUUUUUGUCUUGUUUGUGUUUUGUACCUGUUACAGUGAAGCAGCACAACGCAGACAGCACCUGUAUAACGGAUAUGUGUCCUGCGCGCGCGGGGACCGGGACGCGCUGUGGAACGUGUGGAGACUCCGUGCGCACGCUGGAGCAUCUUUCUGCACGUUAGUAAAAUAAAAGAAGAGGAAUUAAUAAAUAACUCAAACACGGUGUUUUUUUUUUUUUUUAAUAACUUUUUAGAUUUUUGGGAACGAUGGUGAUUAUUUUUUUAAUGACACUUUUGGCUGGAGCACAUGCGCAGUUGCGUUACACGGUACUGGAGGAGCAGGAGCGUGGCACAGUGGUGGGUAACGUGGCCGAGGACCUGGGAUUAGACGUCACUAAGCUGUCUGCACGCCGUUUUCAGACAGUGCCGGUCCCCAACUUGCCACGCACAUCUCCAGCUCCGGCACUGCUCGAAGUGGACCUAGAGAGUGGAGCAUUGGUGGUGCGUGAGCGUGUGGACAGAGAGGCGUUGUGUGGUAAGAAUAUGCCAUGCCUCUUACACCUGGAGAUGUUUCUUGAGGAGCCGCUUGAGCUGUAUCGUGUAGAGACAGAGGUGCUGGAUGUAAAUGAUAAUGCACCACGUUUUCCACAUGCUGACAUUGCCGUGGAGAUCAGUGAGAGUGCAACACCUGGAACACGCUUCCCAGUAGAUGGUGCCUUCGACCCAGAUGUGGGCACAAACUCACUGAGUGCAUAUGCCAUCACAAGCAACGAGCACUUCCGCCUGGACAUCCAGAUGCAGGGUGAUGGGAGCCGAUAUGCUGAGCUGGUGCUGGAAAAACCAUUAGAUCGUGAGAAGCAGGCAGUGCACCGAUACGUGCUUACAGCUGUAGAUGGAGGGCAGCCUCAGAGAACUGGAACCGCACUUCUGGUGGUUACUGUGCUGGAUUCAAAUGACAAUCCUCCCAUCUUUGACCAGUCUGUGUACUCAGUCACGCUGCAUGAAAACUCCCCUGUAGGCACACUCAUCAUCCAGCUGAAUGCCACCGAUGCAGAUGAGGGAAGUAACGGGGAGGUGGUAUACACGCUGAGCAGUCAUAACCCUCCACGCAUACGUGAACUGUUUGCUGUUGAUGCACGCACAGGCCGUGUGGAAAUCAUAGGAGAUGUGGAUUAUGAGGAGAGCAGCACCCAUCAAAUUCACGUUCAGGCCCGAGACAUGGGGCCAAAUGCUGUCCCGGCACAUUGUAAGGUCCUGCUCAAACUGGUGGAUGUAAACGAUAAUGCACCCGAGAUCGGAUUCAGCACUGUGACGGAGUCUGUGAGUGAACAUGCGACUCCUGGCACUGUUGUCGCCAUGCUCAGCGUCUCUGACAGAGACUCAGGUGAAAAUGGCCGUGUUACCUGUGAACUUCUUGGUGGAUCAGCAACUGAAGAUGUGCCUCCCUUCAAGCUCAAGCCUUCCUCACUGAAGAACUAUUACACCAUGGUGACAGAUGGAGCACUGGACCGUGAGCAUGUAGAGUCUUACACCCUUACAGUUGUAGCACGAGAUAACGGCACUCCACCACUGACCACCAGCAAGUCCAUCCGUGUGCGUGUGGCAGAUGAGAAUGACAACGCACCACAUUUUGCACAGGCCAUAUAUGAGGUGCACGUGACUGAGAACAAUGUGCCUGGGGCAUAUAUUUAUGCUGUGACCGCUAUAGAUGAGGAUGCUGGUGAGAACGCACGUGUAACUUAUUCUAUAGAGGAGUGUGAGAUACAGGGAAUGUCUGUGCUGACAUACGUGUCUAUCAAUGCAGAGAAUGGAUACGUUUAUGCACUGCGCAGCUUUGAUCAUGAGCAAAUCAAGGAGUUUAGCUUUACAGCGCGUGCAGCAGACUGUGGAACCCCUGAGCUCAUGAGCAACGCCACCGUGAGGGUGAUUAUAGUGGACCAGAAUGACAACGCACCAUCUGUGAUUGCUCCAGUGGGCAAAAAUGGCACAGCAGCACGUGCCCCCUUGCCUCGUUCGGCGGAACCGGGCUACCUGGUGACACGUGUGAUCUCCACAGAUGCGGACGAUGGUGAAAACGCACGUCUCUCAUACAGCAUUGCGCAUGGAAAUGACCUCGGCUUGUUCCGCAUGGACUGGAGAAGUGGUGAAUUACGCACUGCACGGCGAGUGAGUGGUGGGAAAUGGGACUCAUCGAUCCAGUCUCAGUUACACCCACGUGCCUAUGAACUACUGAUCGAGGUGAGGGACCAUGGUCAACCACCGCUCUCCUGCUCUGCCCGCAUCAGCGUGGUACUCGUGGAUGGCGCUGCAGUGACCCUGGAUGAGGAAGGGCGGGAGAAGGAGGGUAGAGGAGCACGGGGUGGGGCUCGAGGCUCAGCAGGGUCUGAUGAGGGAGCACCGGAGAUGACGCUAGUCCUCCUUGUGGCUCUUGGCUCUGUGUCAUCUGUUUUUCUACUCGCCAUGAUCGCUCUGGCUGUGCGGUGCCGCCGGAAAGACAAAAAAUUCAGUGCACUCAUAUGUCUGAAAGGAGACUGCUGCUCCUGCUGUGGACUGUGUUGUGGCCAGCGGUCACGGGGACGACAGAAGAAGCUCACCAAGUCAGAUAUUGUGCUGGUUCAGAGCAAGACGGCAGCGCAGGUGCCUGUGGAAGAAUCCGGGACCGGGGGCAGUGGUGGGUUCGGGACACACCUUCAUCAACACCAUCACCACUGCUACCAGGUGUGCCUCACACGUGAGUCUGCCAACACCACCGACCUGAUGUUCCUGCAGCCAUGUUGCAGCCCGUCACGCAGCACCACGGACACAGAGCACAGCAGUGCUGCACGUGGAGCUGCUGCUGUCCUUCUGACUGACCAGCAGCCAGACAUCAUAUCCAACGGCAGUGUCUUAUCUGGAGAGAUAAAACACCAGAGGACAGAACUCAGUUACCUCGAUAGGCCACGUCGUGUGAACAGUUCUGUCUUUCAGGAGGACAUUGUGAGCUCUAAAGACAGUGGUCAUGGAGACAGCGAGCAGGGAGAUAGCGACCAUGAUGCUACAAACCGUCUGCACUCCUCUGACCUGUUCUCAAACUGUACAGAUGAGUGUAAAGCUCUCGGACACUCUGACCGUUGCUGGAUGCCCUCAUUUGUCCCUGGUGAUGGUCGCCAUGGUGCUGAUUACCGUAGCAACCUACAUGUCCCAGGAAUGGAUGCAGUGAUGGACGGAGAGGUAGAGACGAGCGCGUCCACCGAGGACGAUCCGUCUUUCUCUACAUUUGGGAAAGACAGAUCACAUCACCACGGCACACACACGUCUCACACACACUCCUACCUUUCGAGGAAGAGGAUUUCCUAGCACCUUCUGCUCAGACGUCUCCUCGGAAACAUAGUGCGCUCCGGAGUGAAAACUUCGCACCUGUGUUUACAAUUUUAUUUUUAUUCUCAUUCUGAGUGAUUUUUAAUUUUCACACCAAAAUUGAAAUGCUGGACUGAAAGCGUGCUCAGCAGGACUGAGGGAACAACGCUGGUCUACAAGUACAGGGAGACAAAACAAAGAAGGACAGAAGAAACAGAGGAACAAUGUGGAGUGUUAAAGAUGGACAAAAACACAAAAAGGUGGAAAAAAGCACCGUUUAACUCUGUUAAAUCUGUCUUUCUCUCGGACCACAAAGUGACUAAUCUGAGCCCUUUAGCUCUCUCUCUCUCUCUCUCUCUCUCUCUCUCUCUCUCUCUCUCUCUCUCUCUCUCUGUCUCACACACACACACACACACACACACACACACAAAGUGCAGCCUAAAAUGUCUCUCUAUCUGAUUAUUCUGCCUUUUUCAAUUUUUCUUUUUUUGCAUUUUCCAUCUCUCUCUCUCUCUCUCUCUCUCUCUCUCUCUCUCUCUCUCUCUCUCUCUCUCUCUCUCUCUCUCUCUUCUUUAAUUGUCUCUUGAGAGAGUGAUACAGUGAGAUGUUUAUAGACUAGGUUUCCAGCCAUGGAAAAAUACAGAUGAGAAAGAUCCUGGAAAAUUGUGAUUUUUUUUUCACAGGAUGUUUAGUGUUUUUCGGCUGAUUGAUUCUGGGAUUUUUCUGGGUUUAGUUUGAUAAUUGCUUUUUUAUCUCAUUUUCCUGCCUUUAGGAUAAAUCAUCACAGUUUAAUCAGCUUGGUCAUUAUAGGUGGUGUUUGCUUAUUUCUGAGCUGCUCCUCUUUCCUGAUCCAUGCAGAAACUGGUUCAUGAAGAUACACUCAGAUGUUCAGAUAUUUUUAGACAGACUUUAGUUCAUAUUGAGGAUUAAAAGUGAUACACUUCAGUAUUUAUAUUAAACACUGUGUGUAUGUAUGCCGAGGAUGGAAUCAUUGUAAAGCAGUCUCAGUUAGAGGAGGCUGUAGAUUCACUCCAAACUCUAUGACAUCAUACAUGUGGCAGAAUAACUUAGCUUCAGUGCUCCAGUCACAUAACUGAGAGUAACAGUUCACUAAUAAUGGAAAUUAAUGAGCUCCUGUUUUUACUGACUGUUUAUGUGAUGGAGCUCUAAUUGCUUACUUACUCUCUCUCAGACACGCCCUCCUCUCUCUCUCUCUCAGACACGCCCUCCUCUCUCUCUCAGACACACCCACCUCUCUCUCUCAGACACGCCCAUCUCUCUCUCUCUCUCAGACACGCCUUCCUCUCUCUCUC